AUUCGACUAGAAUUAGAACAUCCAGAUUUUAUUUUUGGCAAUUUUGUCUUUCAUUGUUGCAUUUACAGCUGAUAUGCGUGCUACGACUUUCACUAACGCCGCCGUCCUCGCACUUGCUUCGCAGGCAAGUGCGGAGACGAUUAAAAUCGAUGUUGGAGCAAAUGGUCUCACCUUUACGCCUGACAGUGUAACGGCAAAAGUACACGACAUUCUCGAGUUCCACUUCCACCCUAUCAACCACAGCGUUGUAAUGGGCGACUUUGCGAAUCCAUGCCAGCCAGCCAAGACUGGCGGAUUCUUCUCCGGUUUUCAGCCUGUUUCCAGUGGAGAAGCUGACCAAGUUUUCCAAGUCACUGUCAACUCGACCGAUCCAAUCUUCUUCUACUGUUCGCAAAACACCUUCUCCCACUGCAUCAGUGGCAUGAGCGGAGUAGUGAAUGCCAACUCAUCCCAAACGCUUGAUGCAUACCAGAAGGCCGCGAAAAGUGAAAAAAGUGCGUCGAACCCACAGGAAGUUUUUGGAGGACGACUUGUUACUUCGGGAUCUUCAACCACAACAUCCGCUGCCCCUGCUGCCACCACUUCAUGCACCGUUAGCAGCAAAAGCGGCGGCAACGGCUACAAGCGCUCAGAUACUUGCUCCGGAGCUGGCUCUGUUUCGGCUUCCAUUGGCAUCGUUGGUGUCUUUACUCUUGGCAUGGCAAUCUUGUUGUCUUAGAGCAUUUUAUAUACGGUUAGAGGUUCCUUUAUGAAAUUGGAACGCGUCCAUGGAAGACGAUUACUAUUCGAUAUGUAAAUAAUGUUAAACGUAAUGAAUAAUUGAUACAUUUACACACGCUAUCUGCGG